AUGGACAGCCAGCUCCCGUCUGUGCUGCUGCUGCUGCUGCUCGGGGCCUGGAGCCUGCGGGGCCAGGGGCCGGAGCCAGGGGGUCCCUUGGAGGAGCCCGGGAAGGAGGAGGUGCCUGAGGAGGAUGGGAUCUUGGUGCUGAGCCACCGCACCCUGGGCCUGGCCCUGCAGGAGCACCCUGCCUUGCUGGUGGAGUUUUAUGCCCCGUGGUGUGGGCACUGCAAGGCGCUGGCCCCUGAGUACAUCAAGGCAGCUGCCCUGCUGGCAGCAGAGUCAGCCAAAACCAGGCUGGCCAAGGUGGAUGGGCCUUCAGAGCCAGAGCUGACCAAGGAGUUUGCUGUGACCGAGUACCCCACGCUCAAGUUCUUCCGAAACGGGAACCGCACGAGCCCGGAGGAGUAUACUGGCCCCCGGGAAGCCGCGGGCAUUGCUGAGUGGCUGAGGCGGCGGGUGGGGUCCAGCACCACACGCCUGGAAGAUGAAGAGGGUGCCCAAGCAUUGAUAGAUGCCCAGGACAUAGUGGUCAUCGGCUUCUUCCAGGACCUGCAGGAUGAAGACGUGGCAACCUUCCUGGCUCUGGCCCAGGAUGCUCUGGACAUGACCUUUGGCCUUACUGACCGUCCGCAGCUUUUUCAGAAGUUUGGCCUCACCAAGGACACCGUGGUCCUUUUCAAGAAGUUUGACGAGGGGCGGGCAGACUUCCCGGUGGAUGAGGAGCUGGGCCUGGACCAGGGUGAUCUGUCCCGCUUCCUCCUCACACACAGCAUGCACCUGGUCACGGAGUUCAACAGCCAGACGUCCCCCAAGAUCUUUGCGGCCAGGAUCCUCAACCAUUUGCUGCUGUUCAUCAACCAGACACUGGCCCCGCACCAGGAGCUGCUGGCAGGCUUCAGGGAGGCAGCUCCCCCAUUCCGGGGGCAGGUGCUGUUCGUGGUAGUGGACGUGAGUGCCAACAACAACCACGUGCUACAGUACUUCGGGCUCAGGGCAGAGGAGGCCCCCACCCUGCGCUUCAUUAACAUGGAGACCACCAAGAAGUACAUGCCUGCUGACAGGGGGCCGGUCACUGCAGCCUGGGUCACCACCUUCUGCCACUCAGUCCUCAGCGGCAAGGUCAAGCCCUAUCUUCUGAGUCAAGAGGUCCCCCCUGACUGGGACCAGCAUCCUGUCAAGACUCUUGUGGGCAAGAAUUUCGAGCAGGUGGCUUUUGACGAAACCAAGAAUGUGUUCAUCAAGUUCUAUGCCCCAUGGUGUACCCACUGCAAGGAGAUGGCACCAACCUGGGAGGCACUGGCCGAAAAGUACAGGGACCACGAAGACAUCAUCAUUGCCGAGCUAGAUGCCACGGCCAAUGAACUGGAAGCUUUUGCUGUGCAUGGCUUUCCCACCCUCAAGUAUUUCCCAGCAGGACAGGGUCGGAAGGUGAUUGAAUACAAAAGUGCCAGAGACCUGGAGACCUUCUCCAAGUUCCUGGACAACGGGGGCAAGCUACCCGAAGAGGAGCCCCCUGAGGAGGCCUCGGCUGCCUUCCCGGAUACAAUAGCCAACUCCACCGUGGAUCUCAAGGAGGAGCUGUAG